AUGUCCACCUCCGCGCCGGACACGUCCUCCGCCGCUCCCCAGCGAAUCGCUGCCCGCCACCUGUCCUGGCCGCCGCCAGGCCCGCCGGGGCCCAUCGCGAGCCCGUCCCGGGCCGCCUGGGGCCCGAGCGCCGCCGCCGCGGCCCGCGCCCCGUCUCGCCCCGCGCCGGCGCCCCACUGCCGCCUCGCCGCCGGUGCGCCGCCGGUGCGCCGCCGCGCCUCCCGGUCGCGCCCCGCGCUGACCUUCCCGGAGCCCCUCCGCCGCCGCCUCCUCGCCGGUCGCCGGCGCUCGCCUCCGCCGGCUGCUGCUCCGCCUCCGGCGCCGACCACGCCGCCUCGGACCUCGCCGCCCUUCGCCGGCCCCGCGCCCGACCUCCGCCGUCCCGCCGGCGAGCUCGCCGCCCCUCGCCCCGCGUCUCCGGCCACCGCGCCGCUCGCCGGAGCACCCCGCCGCCGACCUCGCCCGGAUCUGGUCAACCGGGACCAGAUCCACCGGUCCGCCCAACCAAACGCGCCUCCCGCAUCUCGGAUCCCUCCGUCCCGCUCGACCUCAUCCGGUUUUUCCCGAGGGUAA